UCACCUGCGAAAUAUGCAAUGCAAAUCUCACGCUCAUAACGACAGCAGCAACAACAAAUAGUUGAUCUUGACUUAGUUACUUCAAAUAAUAAACGAUUUGUUAAUGCAUUGAGAAAUAAAAACAUAAAAAGAAAUGAUUGUGCCAAAAGUACUCGCGAAUGUAAUUUUUGUGUGUGUGGUGUCAUGUCAUGGUCAAGAAUUAUCCGGUGAAAGUAUCAAAGCUUCGAAGAAGAUCGGACCGGCACCUGUGAACUUCGAUGACUUUCUCCCCAUCUUCGACUACCAUCCGCCGACUCGUGAUACGGAACAUGUCAUAAGCGUUUUUGCUCCGACUUCUUUCCAGUUCAUGACUCAUCACAAUUCGCAACCAAGUGGUAAAGAUCUUGAAAAUUACAACACACCAAUACCAAACGUUUAUUCUGACGUUAGUCAGAUUCAUCCUUACAAUGGUCAGUAUUCUCAAAUUGGAGAACCAAUCUACAAAUACUCAGAUUCGUCGAAAUACAUUUCGGCACCUAUCCAAAACUCGCCAGCUUCGGAUACUUCAAAUCAAUUUUCACCCUCCUUCGGCCCACCUGUAAAUUUAGGCGCACCGCAAUAUAUUCCGGAGUCAUAUAGUCCUCCUUCAAAUGUUGAUGCACCACGAUAUAUACCAGAAUCUUAUAGUCCUCCUUCUAAAGUUGAAACAUCGCGAUAUAUACCAAAAUCUUAUAGUCCUCCUUCAAAUGUUGAUACACCACGGUAUAUACCAGAAUCUUACAGUCCUCCUUCAAAUGAUGAUACACCACGAUAUAUACCAGAAUCUUACAGUCCUCCUUCAAAUGUUGAUACACCACGAUAUAUACCAGAAUCAUACAGUCCUCCUUCAAAUGUUGAUACACCACGAUAUAUACCAGAAUCUUAUAAUCCCCCUUCAAAUCUUUAUAAAUCGAAAUAUGUUUCUACUCCUAACUUUCCAUCGAAAAUACCAAACUUUAUUCCCAGUUCUCAAUACCCUUCAUCAGAAUUGGGCCUAUCAAAAUACGCCAACACUUCCCCUGGCUACCCUUCUGCAAUAUAUGCACCAAAGCACGGAACUACAUCCUAUGACGCUCCCUCAUAUUCAAUUGGCUCAAAGUAUGCUUCCGUCAGUGGGCCUUCAUCAUUACCACAUUCAAUACCUACAUCAUCUGCUUCAAGUGAACAUUCUGCUGAGGAGGAUACUGUUCAUCAGAACAAUAAGGAAUCCCUAGAACAAUCGGAGAAUGAAGAAGAAGACGCGCCUUCUUCAGAACCGCAACACAUUGAAGAAGAACAAUCCGACGAAGAUUCAGAAUCAACAUCUCCUGCACAUUUGGAAGAACCGUAUCACAACAGCGAAGAAGUUAAAGAAGAAGUAAAGAUUCCUCAUUUUUAUCCAGGAUUAGCUUCUCACCACCAUGGUUCGGGAAACCAACACAAGCAGAGUGAAUACGAAGGUCAUGGUCACAGUGAUUUGAAAAAGGGUUCCAGUAGUCAUCACCAUGAUGAGAAUAACCGCGGCGAGCAUGAAAAAACCCAUGAAGCCAGUGACCAUGGAGAAAACGGUCGGAACAGAAAUAACCACCAUGACGAAGCGGGACAUUUUAAAAAUCAUAGAGACGAAGGAAAAAGAUACAGAGGGGCCAAAUUUGGCGAAAAGAAAGGACACAGAAAAGGCCACAAAACGAAAGGUUACCACAACAAGUUUUUCAAAGAUGAAUAUCACAAGGAACACAAGUUCUACGACGAUUAUCAUAAAAAAGGCAGGUUCAAUAAGUUUGGCGACUAUAAGGCAAAUCGUUACCACAACGAGGGUGCUUUCAAAAAGGGUGGAAAGGAAAAUGAAGGUCACGAUGCAAAAUCGCACGGAAAGAAAGGAGCAUUUGCAGAAGGGCACUAUGACAAAGAAGAUGAAGGAUUUGAUAAGAAGGAAGGAGACACUCAGUACCAUAAGCAUUACAGAAAUUAUGGCACAAAGGGUGGCAAGAAUAGCGGGAAAACUUAUGGAUUUAAAACUCCGUAAUAUAUGAAAAUUAGCUUAAUAGGAAUGCAAUUUAGAUAGCUAAUUUUCGACAAAACUGUUCUGACAGCUUUCUUAUUCUCCUUAAAAGCGUCAAAUACAAUAAGUACCUACUAAAGAAAUCAAAUAAUAAUUGCUAAAUGUAAUAACAUAAUUUAAUGAUUCUAGUCUAGAACUGCAUGUUGCAGAAUCAAACUGCUGCAUUAAUGGAAACUGUUUUCUCCAAAGAAAAUUGAAUACGUCCAAUAUCUAGAGAGCUGUCACGGUCAGUAAGAUAAGGUAUAAAGAAAAAUGCUUUUGACGAUGUGAAACUGCUUUUUGUAUUUUGUGUUAUUGUAAUUAUUGAUUUUUUACUGUUUUGUAAUGUAAAUGCU